AAAAUCGAAAAUAAAGUUCAAUUUUAUAAAUCGUAAUUUGUUAAAUACUAUCGUUUUUAUAAUACUUCAGAAAAUUUAUAAAGACCUGAAAAUUCCAAGUAUCCAACAAUAUCUUUUUUAUAAGUAGUAAAAUAAUUAAAAAAAAAAAAACUUUGCGUUCUGCUACGCAUCAGGUCACAUGCGUACUGACCCUGAUUUUUCAAACUCAUUCGUGUUCAGGCUUGUGCGGAGGGAACGCAUCAUCGGUGCAAAGCCAAAGCUUGCGUCAACCGUCCAAUGUCAACAAACAGUUUAUAUUUUUUUUUUCCCCAAGUCUGUGUUCUGUACAAAUCGUAGUUUGUAAGUGGAAAGCGGCCAACGGGAGGAAAGAUUUUCCAAUUUUUCUGACUGUAAGAUGCGAGUUUGUUUGAUUAUUGGAGAAAUUUUCAUGUUUUGAUGAGAAAAUGGAGGAAGACGACGUUUGCGAUCUGACGAUCUCGGAAAAAUUCCAGGAACCCAGAAAGAAGUUUUGGCUGCGUUCCAGAAAAAGAACAAAAAGCGAUGCAAUUAGUGUUAAUUCAAUGGAUAUAUCCAUAGAUUCUACACUGGGAAAAAGAAAGAAGCGAAGAAAGAUAUCAGAAGUAGCUAGUAGUUUUUUCACAUCAGCGAGUGCCAAAUCACUAGAUAGAACUAUAAAUGCAUCAGAGAUGUCAUUUAUAGAUGUAGAAACCCCUUCUGCUAAGAAAAAGAUAAGAAUAAGCAACGAACAUGCAGGCAAUGUAACCAUAAGAAGUUGGAUGUUGGAGAUAGCAGAAUUAGAUAUUGCAUCUACUUUAAGUCGUAGAGAGAUUAAGCGGCAAGAGGCAAUAUAUGAACUAUUUUGUGGUGAAAACGUACUAUUAAAUGAUCUCUGUAUACUAAGAGACUUUUAUUAUCAACCUAUACUGUCUACUAAUAUAUUCACUUCGGAAGAAAUUGAUACAUUAUUUGGAGAUGUGUCAAAAUUCAUUCAAAUUCAUGGAAAACUACGUGAUGAAAUGGUUGAGUUGCGAGAUCGCUCAGGAUUCACAGAAUGUGUUGGUCCUACUGUUGUGGAUUGGCUUGCACAGUUAAAAGAUUUAUACAUUGAAAGAUGUCGAUCACAAAUUUGGGCAAGACAUAUCCUGGAUGUUAAAAAAUUGACCUGUAAACGCUUCCAGGACUUUUUGAAAAAAAGAUCUGAGUCACUCAGGUCAACAGACUUAUGGACGUAUUUAGACGUACCACGUUCAAGAAUAGUCAAAUAUCCCUUGCUCGUUAAUGAAAUUUUACGUCAUACUCCAGGUGGGCAUGUAGAUGAAGCUGCUCUGAAAAGAGCAGGUGAAAUAUUGUCAGAGUUAUUAAAAGAUAUUGAUGAAGCCAUGGGAGAUGCUGAAUGCAAACUAGCCCAGACAAGAAUAAACGUGAGAUCAGAAUAUGAUCAAAAUAAUUGUAUUGAAUCUGCUACAGAUUUGAUAACUGAAGGGCCAUUAAAGGACCUAAAGGGAAUGAAGUAUCAUUGCUUCCUAUUUAACACGUGCUUCGCAUUGACUCGAUCGAAUCGACGUCCUAACAGAAAGUACAAUCUCUGUUUUCCAAUAAUACCUCAAGAUCAAUUAAACGUACAAAUCGUGACACCAAAUAAAUCUGUUGCCAGUUUUAAGAUAGGAGAGUACAUUUUGAUGAGUGAAGAUGAGCACCAUAGAAGACACUGGCUAGAUUCUUUUAAACGUCUUUCCACGCCUAGAUUUGAAUCAAGACGAAAACAAAAUACUGCCAAAAAUACUGAAAAAGGUAAAGAAAAUGAACCAGAAGUUCCUGACUGUAUUAAAACUGAAUUAAGUAGGAGAUCAAAAAAUGGUAUUAGAGAUGGAUACUUUACCAUAUCAUUAAGAAAAACGUUACUAAGGCAAACUAGGAACAGCAUUGACAAUACAUAAUUUAUAUAACUUAUUCUUUAUUUUUAUACUACUUAAUCGAGUCACACACUUCAAAAUUCAAAUCUUACAAAUAUAAGAUUUGACAAAAAACUUUUUUUAAGUCUCUAAAAGAUAGUUAUAAAUGUAACGAAUAUUUCACAAAAUACUUUAUAUUUUGUACAACGCUAUACCAUCUAGGCAAGCGUUUAUAUAUCAAAGAUUUGUAAUAAACUUUUAUAUCUCACUUCGUAAUGUGUUAUCACCAUUCUUACAAAUUCCUAUUCCAGUAAUUACUUCACCAGAACUAAGAUUUUUGUAAUCUACUUGGAUUAUUAAUUUAAAACGAAAUAUCUGAAAUAACAUAUAUAAAUAAUACUAAAAUAAAAAA